CACCAAUGUCCAUGGGAGGACUCGAAUCUCCGGCGGGAGGGGCCGAGCAAUCCGUGACAUGCCGCCUCUAACCACGCGGCCACUCCGCGCGGCCUCUGUUCUCGUCGAAUGUGAUGUGCUAUCAGCUGUUAUCGUCAAAACAGUGCCUGGUCCUUCAGAUGCAGUUUUCCAACACGGCCAUUUAGCCACGAUCGGGCUGGCCCACCUCAUACGUGGAUGCAAGUACGUCUGAAGAACAUCGUAAUGCUUACAUACCACAGUACCAAGAAGGAGGCAUUGUUUGUUGGAUCUGAAGGUACCGCCUCACAGGGGCGGGACGACGGAGAAGAAGAGCAGAAGUCUCCUUCCGACCAGCCGCCUCCAUACGCCGAGCCACAGCCUCAGCCUGCACCUCCGCCCAGUACUGCCAACGUUCAACAGCCAGUGUUGGUGGCGACUGAGGUGGUGAUCGGCCCUGAGUCGUGCUCCCUGGUGUGCCCCUUCUGCCACGCUUCCGUGAAGACCCGGGUGGACGUCGUCAGCAACAGCAGGACACACUGCAGCGCCUGCGUCCUGUGUCUGGUGGGAGGCCUGUGUUGCAUGUGGAUUCCUUACUGUAUGGACAGCUGCAAAAGCAAGAUACACUAUUGCCCUAACUGUGGUGCUUAUAUUGGCACGUAUGACAAAUGAUGUGUUCGUGAUAACACAAAAUAUGUAAAAUUUUUAUUAAUUAUUGUUACAGAA